AUGCGCCGCAGCUUGUUGAUCUUCCUCCUCUUCUCCAUCAUCAUCCUAACUCUCCUUCUACACUCGGUCUCGACACUACUGUCGCUGCUCAUCGAAGAUGCUUCGGCCGACGCGAUUCACCGAGCAGAAAUACCCGAACCGAACUCGACACUACUCGAGUCGCGCCCUCAACUAAUUCCCAAAAUAAUUCACCAGACGUACAUCAACGAGUCCAUCCCCUCUCAUUGGAAACCAGCCCAGCAAUCCUGCAUCGACCUGCACCCGGACUACGAAUACAUCCUAUGGACAGACGCCAAAUCUCAUGAGUUCAUUGCCCGAGAGUAUCCAUGGUUUCUGCCUACUUUCGUCGGUUAUAAACACAACAUUCAACGAGCCGAUGCCAUCAGAUACUUUGUGCUGGCCUAUUAUGGCGGCAUCUACAUCGACCUGGACGACGGCUGCAUGCGAAGACUAGAUCCGCUUCUGUCCUACACCGCAUGGGUCCGUCGGACUGUCCCCACCGGUAUCAGCAACGAUGUCAUGGCCUCCAUCCCUCAACACCCUUUCUUCCUGCGCGUCAUGGAAUCCCUUAAGGGCGCGAACAGGUCAUGGCUGCUGCCAUACAUCACCAUCAUGGCUUCCACAGGGCCGCUGUUUCUGUCGGUCAUUUGGAAAAAGUGGAUGGGCCAGCAUGCUCAUUUGGAUCCCGAAACCUGGGUCGGUCGAGUCCGCGUCCUCAUGCCAGACGAAUAUACCAAGCACCCCUGGAGUUUCUUCAAGACCUACAAGGGGAGCAGCUGGCACGGCAAGGACGCCAAAUUGAUUUUCUGGAUGGGCAAGAAUUGGAUUCUUCUCACCGCCCUAGGGUUCCUCGUCGGGGGUGUGGUGGCCUUGGCUGUCUGGUGGCUGUACACUCGACUCAUCGUCAUGGGCGCCAGACGACGUGCCGCCGGGGGCAGUCCACGCCUCACUGCCUUUGGAUUUCCUGUCGUUCCCAGGGUCCCACUGUUCCGGAGAUGGAGUGGCACCAAGCAAACCUACGAGAUGGUCGCGCAGCAUGAUGCGUGA